AUGCUCGAUAUUCAGUAUGCGAAAUAUAUUGAUUCUGUCAUGGAAAAUGUGAAACCUAAUAUUGAACACAUUCUUCAAAUUUGGAGUAGCAUCGGUUUCGAUGAAAAACAGAUCGAAAAGCGUAUUUUCAUUUUGAAGAAUGAACUGGAUACUCACUUGCGAUCUUUGAUAUCUGAAGAAGAAAAGAAGGUCACAGCUCUUCAUAUGGACGUGGAGAAGUUGGAGGCUCAAGUUAUUAAUCUAAGUGGCGAUUUGGGCAUUAAAGUUGAGCCAACUGACUCUGAUACCUCUUUGCUUAAUCGCCAGAAACUUUUGUCUGAAACCCGGGAGAGACUUUCUGAGACAAUUUCAAAUCGAAUGGAUCGCUUUAAAGCGUUAUCAUCAGAAAAUCAACGCAUAUGCGCAAAGCUGGGUGAAUCUCCUAAGAAAUUCACAUUUGAAACUGUCCCCUCUACAGAACUCUUAAACUCCAUGGACGAUGAAAUAAAUGACCUACUUCUAAGGUUAUCUCUCAGAGACGAUUCCAAAUGUGAUAAUUCUAACUCCAGGAAGGAAACUAACCAUUCCGAAUGCGAAGCUGCUCGCGGAGAUGCCUCGAUUAUGUCCGUUAGAGAAGCUCUGGCUGAAUUGCACAAACUUUAUGAUGAUUGCCUUGUUGUUUCUUCUAUUCGUGAUAAUUUCCCAAAGGAUUGCCCUCCUGACAAGAUCAGUAACACCUACUUAGAGCAAAUUAAUCUCGAAAUUGUUCGCUGGAAGGAAUAUCAUGCCCAAUUUGUUGAUGCAAUUUCUUCCUACAACUCCUGGUGUACAUCUUUUGCCCGACUCAAUGAAAUUGAGGAUCUGAUUAACCAAGGCAAAGGAACUGAGAGAUUGGAGAAAGAAGCAACCUCUCUACGUGAAAAGAUCCUUCCAGAUCUGGAGAAGUUACUCGCGUUGGCCUCUCGAAGAAGCAACAAAUUUAAAAUCUACGGCCAGCCCCCGAUUACCUAUGUUCAAUUGCCAUCAGGGUCUCCUGCUAAACCGACUGUCUCAAUUACUACUACCAAUAGACCUGAUAUGGAGAAGGAAGCUUCUUCACUAGAAAUGCCUCGCAGCAUACCACUGCCCAUAUGGGGUUUUAAAAGGUCGAGAUCAAGGUCCAGUAGGUUAAGAUUGGAUCCAACCGAUACUCCGUGUCAUGCAUCGCCAAUAAAAUCAGAAUCUACUAUGCUUACGACCCCCAUACCAAAAUUAGAUAAAACCAAAGUUGAUCCGAAAAUUCUCGCCCUAUGGAAAGGAAAUAAAGGCGACGCCUCAUCAACCGCUAGCCAGAAUGUCGAAUCUUCUGCUUCUUUGAAAAAUGAAACGACGUCUAUUCCUGUUAAGAAUCGACCUUCACUUGGAAAAAUGUUUGGGAAGAAAAAGAUAACCUCUUCUUCAGCAGAACGGCCACGCACUGACACCAAAUGUGCAAUGCAACGGAGAAUUUCGAAAUCAUUCGAAGAAUUCAAAAUACCCCAAUCUCAGAAAUCGGCCGCAAGUAGUCAGAAAUCAUCUGAACAGAGUAUUUUUGAUCUGUGGUAUAAGAAAAAGGAUACCUCAAGCACCAGUCGAUGCGGAUCCCCUAGUUCUGUGAAGAGUGAAAUGGCGCCUACUGCUUAUAAACGCCCUGUUACAAGAAUGUUUGGAAAGGAAAAAGGUACUGCUUCCUCUGUGGACCGACUUCAAAAUGGAAUCAGAUCUGCCAUACAAAGGAGAGUUUCGAAAUCCUCUGAAGAAUUCAAAGUACCUCGCCAGAGGAAAUCGAGUAUCGCCUCUUCCGCGAGUAGUCAGAAAUCGAUUAAUCAGAGUAUUUUGGAUCUGUGGUAUAAGAAAAAAGAUACACCAAGUGCCAGUCAACGUGGAUCUCCUACAUCCGUGAAGAGUGAGAGUGCGUCAACUACUUCGCGAUUCAAAAUGGAGGCUAACGUUAAAGGUCCAUUGCGGAAAGGUCGGCCAAAAUUUACUCCAGAAACUGCUCGCAUACUAAGUGUAAAGGGAGAGGUUUCCCUUGUUGAUCUCCUUCUGCCCGCUAAUAACAAGGAAAAUGACAAAACCCUAUUAUCAGAGCCCACUUCUGCUAAGAAACUGAACACACCUGCCUCUUCGAACCAUACCUCUAAAAACGGCCCCGUUGGUGGUUGUGUUAAGAAUGGAAAUGUAAAGCCGACGAAGACAAAAACACCUUGUCGUACAACUCCUUAUGCGCGUCCUGUUCCUAAAACGCCAUCCUGCCGUCGACCUCUUCUUAAUAGGAAUCGAAACGAUCCGGAUAUCCUCAAGCGCUUGAAUGAGGCAACUGGUCCUGUCUCCGUGAUGGAAUUACUGAACUGUACCCCCUCCAAAACGAAACCCUGA